AUGUUGGGAAAUGGAAACAUGCCAUCGCAAGCAGGAAGCUCGCAGCGUUCAACGCAACGGGACAAAGCUAUAGACAUCCUAGCCCGCUGUGGCCUCAAAAUAACUUCACAAGCUGUAGAAAACUUGACUGUAGAUCAAGCUGUCUUUAGAGACAGAGUCGCCGCCGAACUAAAUGGAAAGGACGCUUCAAUAAAGACCUUCUUGGACUCGCUACAGGAAUAUCUGGAUGCCCAAGUAUUUCUCAAGAGUGCCUUGUUGCCUCUGAAGCUUGAUGGGCCCUCUACAAGCUGGAAUUCAGAAAACUCGCUGAUUCGUGUCCUCUUGAGAAUCGAUUGCCUUCAAGUUCGACUAGUAGAAAUACUCGUGUAUUGUCUACCUCACUACAUUGAUCUUCCUUCUGAAGGGCUUGACCUCUCUGAAAACAUGCCACGUCUCAUCAUGAACCAAUUUAGGUUCUUGGAUCAUGUCGUAAGCCCAAAGGACAUGUGGAAAUCCAUCUCGGAAAUGUUGGAAGCUGCUCCAGCAAUCAACAUUCAACGAGAAAUCAUCUCUUGCCUGCCAGAGGUUAUACUUGAGUCCGAGCACAAGUUGGUAGCUGCUUGUGUCAUGGACCUGAUGAAGUCAAAGUCUGAUUUAAUGAUACCGAUAAUGGACAUUCUUGGCAGUCUACAAGUUGACGAUGAGACUAGGGAGGCAAAUCGAAAAACAAUGAUUCGCCAACUUGAUAAGAUGGAAUUGGAAGUCAUUCCAGUCGUGUUAAAAUAUCUGCAUGCCUCAUCGGACUCUGGGGAAGCUGCAGAACUCCUAGUCAAAGACCUUCGCAAAUAUCUUAAAUUUGAGAGUAUUGCUGAAGUAUUACGAAACAAGAACCUCUCGGAUCCUAAAGGAAAGAAGGCUGCUAUAUCUCAAGCUGUCAUCUUAGAUGCAUUCAAAGUCGGAAUGUUGAAUGCAGCAACAUAUUUAUGUGCUGGCUGGUUCAAAGUGAUUGAAGCAACCGAGGGGCAUCAAGCUUUAGAUAUCUUGAUUCUCAUCAUUGCCCUGGGCUUUGAUCGCAAGACUCGAAAGGAGGCUGAACGAAUAUUUAGGAGUAAAAUUGCUAGUGGUCUCUUUUCGCGUCAAUUGAUUGCAGAUACCAUUGAAAAUCAUUUCGAAGGAUUGCAAAUGUAUCGAGCAUCAUUGCUUGAACUACCAGCAAUGUUGUUACGAACAAACCAGUCUUCGAAUGUGGCUAUAGCCGAAGUCAUAUAUUGUAAUUCCUUCGUUGUGUUUGAUCAUACAUUCAGACAGGAAGUCAUUGCGUCCUUGGUGACGAAUGUUGGGAGUGGUAUUGAAGCUGAGGUGGACUCGACCUUCCAAGUGCUCUACCAACUGGUGGACAAGCAUUCACGUGAAGUAAACGAGUUUUCAAUUUUUAUCAAGAGUUUGCUCGAAUCUCUGGAUUCAUUAACGGAGAAUCAAGUGCGGUUGCUAUUCGAUGUGUACAGUGGCCUUGCCAUCGAAUCUCGAGCCAUGGACGUAAAUGAAACGGUGGUGACGUAUGAGUCAUCACUCUUAUCAGACAUGCGUAUCAUCAUGAAGAAGGAAUUGACCUACAAUUCCGAAAGACACAAACGCAUCGGUAUCUUUUGUGCUCUCGCUCUUGUCCGUCGACUUGGCAAACCUCUGGAUCCGAAUGCUGAUGAUGAGGAGGACUUAGAACAACAUGAUGAGACUGGGAUCAGGCAAGCCAUUGAGAUCUUGAAGCAGAUUAUGGAGUCUUGCAAAGAAUCUAUGUCAUGUCUGGGCUUAGCAUAUCAUGAACUAGCCUACAUGAUCUCUCAAAACAACCUCGACAUGGUAAUUGUUGAAUGGCUGUUCGCCCAUGUCGCUGAAUCGUUGCCGGGUCUCUUUCUAAUUCCGAACAUGGAGGAGAUGGUGGAUAUUGUACCAAUACCCCAAACCCUAUGGAUGGCUAUUGAUAUGCCCGACGCCGGUAUAGCCAUCUUUCCACGCGUAUGUGGUGUAUUGCCUACAGGAACUGUAGGAGAAGGCAGAGACGAGAUAAGCAAAAAAUUGCUCAACUUGGCUACCGAAAAUCCAGCCAUGAUUGUAUUGCUCUGUCCACUCUUCAAGUUGGCUCAGACUAUUGAAGCAUCUCUCAACAAGAAUCGAGAUGGUGUUGCGGAUUUGUUGAAAUUGGGACUUGUUAUGCCUGGUCAACUUGAAGAGCUUGGGACUUCUGUCACCAAUGCUGAAGGCGCACGAAGAAAGCAAAUCUAUUCCUCGCUGUUUUAUGGUAUUGGAUGGUUGCGAGAACUCUUGAAUGCAUUCACUGAAACCGAUAACAAGGACACAAUUCGUAACUGUGUCACUCGUAUCGACCACAUCCUGGUCCUUGAGGAGGAAUUCAGUAAAAUCUUUACCUCUCUCAAGGCAUUUACACCUCAAGGACUUGACAUUGAUCGUGCAAACGAAAUUAGAACCGUCGAAUGGACUACCGGAGGGUUUAAUGGUGGAGCCAUGAGCCUGUCUCAAGAAACUCCAUCUCAAUACCCUGGCUCUGCCGGUAAUUAUGGCCAAGCUGGUGCUAGUAGAGCGGGUGGACCGUCUAAACGAAAGACUCCGCCUUCUGACGAUGAAGACGAAGAAGAAGAGGAAUAUGAGACGUCUUCUACUAAUAAUCGUCGUAAAAGUAAUUACAGUAAUGUUGAAGAUGACGACGAAGAAGAGUCUAGUGGUAGUCGAUCCACGACGUCAAAAGUAGCAAAAGGGAAGGGUAAAGCAUCUGCCUCUAGUAAGAGUGGUGCUGGUACUUCGAAAAAGAAUGCUGCUGGUAAGAAGGGGAAGGAAAGUGCUGAAAAGGGUAGUAAGAGUAGUACUGGUGCUGGUCGUAAAGCCAAAAAGCCAAAACUGAUUGCUGAUGGUGAAGUGCUGGUACUGACUAGCGUAGCACAAGCUCGGUCGCAUUUUAGAGAGCUUGAGAUGUGCGUAUUCAGCCUACUAAAUCUCAACGAAUCUGAAGAAGACAUGGAAGUCUUGACGACACCCACCUUGCAAUUCCUCAUGCAAGAGUUGACUCAAAAGGUCGUCUUUAUGCUCCCUAUACCAACCAGACCUGCUAAAGCUGAUGCAUCACGAACAGGAGCUGCUGCUGCUAAUACUAGCACGACAUCAUCUAGCAGUAGUGCUCGACAGACUGGAUUUGAUUUAUUGUCGCGUAUGAAAACCAAAGAGUUUCUAGAAAUCAUGAUGAAACUGGUGUCUCCUCUCUGUGCUACUCUGGAUCGUCUUGUGGAGAGUUUAGGACCGAGAGCUCCUCCUGAACCUGUAGAAAAAGGGCCAGACGAUCAGCGCUCGGCAACUAUUGAAACUCUCAAGCUUACACUGAGAUGCUUCCAUCAUUUGGUAAUGAAUCCAGACGCUCGAGUUCUUCACCAGAAAUUCUUGACAGCAGUCUUGCGAAGGAAUGGAGCCAACACACCACAUCGACUAUCCUCUCUGGUCCAACGAGCCUUUGAAUACUUUGUUGGACAUGCUGCUCACAUGCCCACAAUCGAAGCUGGUGUGUUGCUACUCCACGUAAUCGAAGGUGUCACUAGUAUGGCUCCUGUAGACGCAACUGAUGACUAUCGGAAGGCCCUGCAAAAGCCUAUCUGUGAUGUCGCUGCUGAUUUCUUGUCCUUUGAAUGGUCUGAUAAACGUAAACUCAAGCCCGAUAGCUUGGUAUACCUGUUACAGAAAAGGAUAUCACUGUCUGAUAAUGCUGCUUCAAUCUUGAGAGACUUUGUCUUCAAUGUCUUUAGUGCGUUGUGGGCUAAAGCAGAUGAUGCAGAGGACGCUGAUGAGAAUCUUGGAGUUCUUGCUCAGCAUGCGUUCCUUGAUAAGACUACUGCUAUAUCCUACUACAAGGUGGUCUUAUCAGAACUAAACAAGGACCUCGAAUCAGCGUGUGAACGGACAGCAGAAAUCGAAACUCAAUUGGAUGAGAUUGAAGAAGCAACAACCAUCUUCAAGUGCAUUACUGAAUCCUUGAAAAUCAAGGGCCUCAAGGAUAAUAAGGAUACUCGACCAGUAUUCUUAGCAGUGAUGAGGGAAUCCAAGACUUUCUUGAACCUAUUCAACAAGAUUGUCAUGAAGGUCUUUGCCAGCAAGUUUGCCCAGCAUCAUUUCAGGAUUGUGGAGAUUCUGAAAUUAGUUCAAAAGCCUACAAGGACUUUGCAGGCACUUUGCAACGACGUCAAGACCAGUCAGGAAAAGACGUUCAUGAGUCUUGCACCUCAACUACGUAAAGUGUUGGAAACGCUUAUUGAAGGUGUCAAGCAUAUGAUGAAAGCAAACAAGUCGAGAGGUGCAUUCAGAAUUGCAAACCUCAAGCACAAGAACGUCGCGGGACAAGUUGUGUCAAGUCAGAUGCCGUUCCCUGCUGAAAAGACAAAACGAAGAGGGAGACCCUCACAUUCAGGCUCUUCAUCUGAAGGAGACGAGGAAGAGGCUUCUCCCCGUAAAAAACGUGGCGCAAAAAAACGUGCUGCCAAAAAGUCAAACUCGUCAUCAAAAGCUCCUCCAAAAAAGAAGCAGAAACGUGCUUCCGACGAAGAACAGGAGGAGGAAGAGCAAGAUGAACUCGAAGACGAUGUUGAAGAUGACGGCGAUUCUGGUAAUGGUGGAAAGCAUCAUCAGAAGAAGAGAAAAAGUCGUAGCAAUGCGCCACCAGCUUCAGCUCGACUCCAGUUUCACGAUGAUGAAGCUGAAGAAGGAGAUGAGGAAAUGGGAGAUGCUGAUGAGGAGGAAGAAGGUGGUGCUGGUAAUUUUGAUGACUCAGACCGUGAGAGGGAUGAACUUGAAGAUGAUCGAACUCUCAUAAGUUUAGGAGAUGCAAAACGUAUAAAGGUUGAAGAGACUGAAGAUGAGCCGCACGAGGUAGAGGAGGUGCCAGAAGAGGACGAAGAAGAAAUGCAAGAGGAGGAAGAUGAAGAUGUGAUAAAUAGCGAUUGA